AUGCUAGAGCCGAAAGACGCUGCUUCAGAUUUGAUACGUGUAGCCGCAGGCGAAGGGAAUUGGAAGGGGGGCAUACAAAACCGACCCCAGUCUGGUGAAUGCGAUCACCUACUGGAGCUGAACAUUUUUCGCCGCAUGCUUAUGGCCAAUCUAGUUUCGACAUUGGUCGACAAUCAGAACAAGGGUAUGAACAGCAUCGCCAAGGUGGAGAAGAAAAUUUGUGAUGCUUUGGCAACCGCUAACAAUGCUGGGGAGGACAAGAUCAAAGCUGUGCUCAAUGGAGAGUCCAACAUGUGGGGCGUGCCGGCUAACGUGAACCAGUUGAAGUUUCAAGCUGUUGAUGCGCGUAUAGACGGCACACCUAUCACCUGGUCAGCAGACAAAUCCACUCCACGCCCGAACUGGAACCACAACAAAGCGGCCCCCGGAGUGAUCAGGUGAGCUAGUGCGAUGAUCUCGCACCUGUUUGAUAACAAUCCGAAGCUCAUGCACCUCGCUGCUUUGUCAGUUAUAUUGAGGACCAGAAAAGCCACACAAAAGAAAUAAGCAAACAGUUGUUUGACGUUGUCGAGGACGUGCUUACAAGAGGCGGCAUCUCGCUUGCCGGUUACGACUCAAACAGGUGGUACAUUUUGUCAGAGCAGAUGUUGACAAAUGUUGCCGAGGAUAUCCGAAAGAAUCUAGCGGCAAUUCCAACGGCAGUCGAGGCGCACUGUCAGAUGAAUCCCACCGGAUACCAGAAAGGGCAGACAGUGCCGACCAAAGACGAAAACGGCUGCUGCCCAAAGGAUACCAGGAUCGAUGCACGUUGGAGGCCUUCAGACACAGACUACGAGAACCCGGUGGCCGAUCAAAAGACGGGUUGUAAGAGGAAGCGCCCCACUUGCGAUAGCAAGAAGCAGUGCUGCCUCUUGGCUGACGGAAAAACUUCCAAAGAUUCCAAGCCAAGCCGACGUGA